AUGGCUUCGAAAGGGCUGUGGCUGCUUCUACUGCUGAACUAUGCAGCCAGCACUGAAGUCCUGGGUGAGAUCGUGAGGCCCAGCUGUGCUCCUGGAUGGUUUCACCACAAGUCCAAUUGCUACGGAUACUUCCAGAAGCUGAGGACCUGGUCUGACGCUGAGCUCGAGUGUCAGUUGCAUGGAAACAGAUCCCAUCUGGCCUCUAUCCUGAAUUUUAAGGAAGCCCACACCAUAGCAAAGUACAUACUUGGCUAUCAAAGAGGCAAGCCCGUGUGGAUUGGCCUGCAUGACCCGCAGAAGACGCAGCAGUGGCAGUGGAUGGACGGGGCCGUGUAUACUUACAGAACCUGGUCUGGCAAGUCAGUGGGCAGGAAUGAGUCCUGUGCUGAGAUGAACGCCAAGAACAAGUUUUUGACUUGGAACAGUGAAGAAUGCAGCAAGCGCCAUCACUUCCUGUGCAAGUACCAACCGUAGAGCCAGAAUCAGGAUACUG